AUACCAAAGUCGGAUUGAAUAGUGAGCAGUAGAAGAGUCGAUAGUGCAUCGAGUCGAUUCAUAUUUUGACUCGUGCGCUGAAAUUAUAUUUUUCUUUCCAAUACAUCUUAUUCGCUUCCUCCAUUUAGAAUUUCUCUUCUCGCCCAUAGAUAUUAUUCCGUAAAAGAUAUCGUUCGUAUAAUUUAAAGAUUAUUUCUUGAAUCGUUUAUUAGAAAUUUAGAAUCAUAUUAUCUCAGAAAUUCAUAUCUGCAGCGAAAUAAAAAUCAAGAUGUUCUCGGAUGUCGAGGAAUACGUGAAAGCCAGCACGAUACAAUACCGUGACGCAGCCGACAUUAUCGAGGAAUUCGCGCAAGAGAUGUCCGAGAUGAAAGGGAAAUGCUUGGACAUAGGUUGCGGACCUGGAAUAGUUACCAAAGAACUGAUCUUACCAAACUUGUCACCGGAAGCUAAACUAGUCGGGAUGGAUAUAUCGAAACCGAUGAUCGAAUAUGCGAAAAAGAUGUAUCACGACGACGAACGCUUAUCAUUCCAGUUGCUGGACAUCGAGACCAUGGAUUUGCCCAAAGACACAUUCGAUCAAUUUAACAACGUAUUGUCCUUUUAUUGCCUUCACUGGUGUCAAAACUUUCGGAAAGCAUUCGACAAUAUUUACAAAUUGCUGCGGCCAGGAGGAAAAGGAUUGUUUAUGUUACUUUCGUGGAACGACGGUUUCGACGUCUACAAAAAAUUGUACGCGAAUCCUCGAUAUAGACCAUAUAUGCAGGACACAGAACGUUACAUACCUGUUUUCCAUGAAUGUAAAGAUCGCCGGAUAAAUCUAAGAAAAAUACUGGAAACCACAGGUUUCGAGAUUCUGCAUUGCAGCGAAAGAGAAAAGACCUAUGUUUUCAAGAAUUCCGAGAUCAUGAAAAAUCAUAUAAUUGCUAUUACUCCCUUCAUAUCACGGAUUCCCAAUACUCUUAAGAAGGAGUUCGAGGAUGAAAUAACGCGCGAAGUAGUGAACAUGAAAAUUCAAUUUUUGAACAAGAACGAGAACGGUGAACAAGAAUACAAUAUAUUGGACAGAUAUCAGAUUUUUGUAACGUAUAUAAGAAAGCCUGUAUGUUGAAAAAUUCAUUCAACACGUGUUAUUCUCAGUCACGUCUCAUAAAAAUGGAAUAGAAUAAAUAUAUUAUCAUAUUGAUUGUCAUCAAUGAAAUAUGUUAA